AUGGACGCUGCUACUCCCCCACGUACCAUUGAGAAGGGCUGCGUGGUUGUGAUCAACUAUCUUCCUCAAGAUAUCACAAUUCGAGACAUCCUGCCCCGAGUCCGUGGCGGCGGUGUCGCAAACAUUACACUUAGUCAAAUGGGCACCCUGAAGAUGGCGACGAUCACUUUCAAAGAGGCCUCCUCGGCGGCGCUGUACAAUGCAGCAUGUCACAAGCUUGGCCAUUCGAUUUGGGCCUUCAAACCCAACGACAGCGCUCCUGCCCCUCGAAAGACACAAUUCGCCGAGGUUGUGUACUGUACCAAGCUGAACGGUGAGCUCGACAAUGACCCCUCUAUAAGCGCCCUGGAGCCCAAGCUGGCUCUCCCAGACGGGAUUGAACUUGUCUGGAAGGCUUUCGACUUUCCCAAGCUCCUCCGAACCCCUCAUUACCGCGACCAAAUCGAAGACGUCUGGAUGGACAGCCCCGAAGAAGACGCAACUGGCCGAGUUACUUUCGUCAACCUGCACAUCUGGUUUACUAGCAUUAGUAUAGCCCUAGGUGCUCAAUUCACGGCCUAUUGCAAGCACUCGCGCAACAAUGACUCCCAUGAGUGGUUCAAUUUUCUCAGGUUCGAGACGGACCCUUGCGAGGCAGAUGAGUCUACGUUGAUGUCUCAUGAUGGCCCCAGCUCGGUCUUCGCCUGGCACAGCUACCCACAGACAAGUCUGUUGAGCCUAAACGAUCUGGGCCAGCUCGACAAGCUGUUCAUGGCCUGGCAGUCUGUUCUCCAUCCGAUCGCCGCAAAGACUCCGUCUGCCAUGGCUGAUGAAUCGAAAGACAUUACCAACACCGGCCCCAAGUUGACCAAGUUGGAAGCACGCCUUAUGCAGCUACUUCGAGAAGGCCAGCAGAGAAUCUCGGAGAAAUAUUUUGCUGGCCCCGUCAAUGGCAAUUCCAAUUUCAGCCGUCAUCUCGGUCGGCGUGCUGCACACAACAAUCAGUAUAGCGGCCACAGGUAUGGCUAUGUUGGCUCUCCAGACUGCCAGACGCCUUCAGCAACUUCUUAUCUUGCUGCCCUGUCUGAUUUCUCGCUCCUCGUUGCUAAAACUUCACCCUACUGUCGUGGUCCCUUGGUCUCGCCGGCGCUGCCUCUCGAAAACCUCCUCACAGCUUCUUCCGCCACCAGCAACGAGACUGACGAUGCUGCCGACAAGGAAGACAACGUCGCACUGCCCGAUCAAGACUUGAAGGACCUUGUUACAACCCAGAAGACGUACCCUGACUACUCCCGCGAAAAUUGGGAAGCAGGCAUCAGACACUCUGCCUCUUGGAGCGUCAGCAUGGACGAGUUCUGCGCCAUGUCAGACGAGCAGUGGAAGGCCUUUGGUACUAUCUUUUACAUAGCUCCCAAGGGCUUCAACACCUCCAAGCGACACGAUUCCGGCGGCAAGCGCAGCUUCCUCGAUGAGUAG